AUGAAUGGGGUCUCAACGUCAGGGGUUUUAAAUGAGUCCCCCAAACCGUUAUUUGGUUCAAAACUCGUGGUCCUCGGACCGCUCGCUAAUGUCAAGAGUCAGCCCGAACAACUGCAUGCCCUCAAUAGGGUGCACAUUGAUGCUGCAAACACGAUCAUGGAUGUGUUAAAGAAUAGGAAGCCGGACCAAGAGCAUUAUUAUGCAGAUUUUGUAUCUGUUCUAAUGAAUGAGCCAUACGGGGGGAUUCGCAACAUGCACCGAUGUGACAAUAACUUGAUGAGCUUUGCCUCUGAUCUAUAUUUUGAUCUUUGGUACAACCAAAGUCGCACCAGUGAAAUCAACAUUGUGGCCUGUGAAAGUGGGGCAUAUUUGGCUGUCAAGCUGAUGCAGUUUAUUGAUCUCUAUGGUGAUUCCUUCAUUGGUUCUAUGUCCAACUUCGACAUUGUUUGGAUGCGGUCAUUCUCAUUGAUCCAUCCCUCACUGCUCCUCGUCGCAUGGCAAAAUGGCUCGGCUUUCGGUCUCGUCACGGCAACUCAUCUCCAGGUUGAAAUUGAAGGAGCACAAAAUUUUGGGGAUGAUGGGCUGGCAGCUGUGGUGGAGUGUUUUAAGAACUUCAUUAAUGCAUAG